AUGGGAGACAGACCUGAUUCUUCUCCAAAUGCCAGCCGCAAGCGGAAACUCGACCCAGAUAUCGAAAUAGACCUCGGUGCUCCAGAACCUCCCUCCAAGAAAGCACUCCGAAAGGCUAAGAAAAAGUCAACGGCGAAAGUCGACGAUGCACAAGCAAUAACGUCCAAAUCGGAAACCCAACCCCCCCCUCAACAACCAACGAACAAGCGAAGUGGGUUUGGAAUCUGGAUCGGAAACCUUCCCUUUUCCGUCGCCCAAGAUGAUCUACGCAAUUUCUUGACUACAAAAGGGCCAUUUAUUCCGGACGAGAUUACGCGAAUACAUCUUCCUCAAGGCGAGAAAAGAAAUGGGAAACAGCUAAAUAAAGGUUUUGCUUAUAUUGAUUUCUCGACUAGCGGUGCGGUGCAACGGGCGAUUGUGCUGAGCGAGCAGCUUCUUGCCGGACGGGCAGUUCUCAUAAAAGACGCGAAUAAUUUCGCAGGGCGCCCAGACAAGCCACGCGACGAUGGAGGAACUUCCAUGGGCUCUAAAACUUCAGCCAAUCCGCCCUCCAAGAAGAUAUUCGUUGGAAAUCUAGCGUUUGACAUCACAAAGGAGAUGCUCGAGGAACACUAUAGACCUUGUGGUGGUAUCAGCCAUGUCCACAUAGCCACCUUUGAAGACUCCGGGAAAUGCAAGGGGUAUGGUUGGGUCGAGUUUGAAGAGCUCGAAUCUGCAGCGGCUGCUGUGCGAGGAUUUGUUAAAGUCCCAGCAGAUGAGGAGGCGAAUGCCAUGAACUCAUCAGAGUCCGAUGAAAACUCAAGGUAUUCCAAGGAUAAGAAGAAGCCAAGAGAAAAGAAGGUGUGGGUGAAUCGUUUACUUGGGCGUACUUUGCGAAUGGAGUUCGCUGAGGACAGCACGACUCGGUACAAAAAGCGCUUCGGGAAGGAAAGCUCGGGAGGACAGGGCACGUCCGCCAUUGAUGGAGAUGAGACCCAGAAUGAUGGUGCUCUUGCGCCUAUCGAGGAAGUUCCUUUUGAGAAGCCAACUUCGUCGAGGAAGAAAGCCAGCCGUGAUCAGCCAAAACCGAAAGCAAGGGCACAAGCUGGCUCCGAUAGUCGCUAUUCUGAAGAGACCGUACAGAGACUCAGCGGCGCUAUUGUUGAAUCUCAAGGGAAGAAAACAACCUUCGAUUAG